CAACAGCCGAGGGCCAAUGAUGACCAUCACACUAAGAACCUCGCCGAACACACACUCACGUGCUGGAGAUCAUAUCUCUACAAUGGCAGACAAGUCUCUCUUUAACAGAUCUCCAAAUGAAAGUCUCAUCUUCAAUCAAGGAUAAGAGUUUAGAAGAAGACAAAAACAAGACUCGGAGAAAUGGAAGAAAAUCUUCUUUGAUGGACUCCAACAGAUGAAUCACUGGUGGACACGGCAGCGUCAGAAUAACAAUAAAUCGGCGACAGACUUCUGUUCUUUGCACCUCGACGAGACGAGCAUGUCCUGAAAAGUAAAAAGAGCUCUCUGGUGAGCAGAAGUUCUGGAAAAGGUCAAAGGUCUUGGGUUAAGCAUGUUGUCAGUGGAGGUCGCCGUGGCUUUUGUGCUGUGCAGUGUGCUGAUGAAAGCCAGAGCUCUGAUUGAUUCUGAUGAUGUCCUCACCAGAGAUGAACAGAUCUUUCUUCUAAUUGGUGCACGCGCGAGGUGUGAGAGAAACAUCCGUGCACAGUUAGACGUGGUCAGAGAGAAUUACUGUCUUCCUGAGUGGGAUGGGAUCAUUUGCUGGCCUGCAGGAAAACCCAGUCAGUUGAUUGCCGUCCUGUGUCCUGAGUACAUCUAUGACUUCAACCACAGAGGACAUGCAUAUCGCCACUGUGAUGCAUCAGGUUACUGGGAGCAGGUGUCCACUAUAAACCGGACAUGGGCCAACUACACAGAAUGCACCACUUACCUGCACUCGAACCACAGCAAUCAGGAGGAAGUAUUUGAGCGUCUUUACCUCAUGUACACUGUUGGAUACUCCAUAUCACUGGCAGCGUUACUGGUGGCUGUCUUUAUCCUCUGCUAUUUCAAACGUCUCCAUUGCACCCGGAACUACAUCCACAUCCACCUCUUCACUUCAUUCAUAUGCAGAGCAAUCAGUAUAUUUGUGAAAGACGCCGUUCUUUACACCGUCACAGAUGACGGCAAACUAGAGGAUGGGGCAGUUGGACAAAGACCUAUGGUGGGCUGCAAGAUUGCUGUGACCCUCUUCCUGUAUCUCUUGGCAACCAAUCAUUAUUGGAUCCUGGUUGAGGGUCUGUACUUGCAUAGUCUGAUCUUCAUGGCCUUCCUGUCUGAUAAGAACUGUCUGUGGGCUUUAACAAUCAUAGGCUGGGGGAUACCCGCAGUGUUUGUGUCCAUAUGGGUCAGUGCCCGAGCAUCUCUGGCAGACACACAGUGCUGGGAUAUAAGCGCAGGCAACCUGAAAUGGAUCUAUCAAGUACCAAUCCUGGCAUCCAUUGUUGUAAACUUCUUCCUCUUCCUCAAUAUCAUCAGGGUUUUGGCCUCUAAGUUGUGGGAAACAAAUACAGGAAAACUGGAUCCAAGACAGCAGUACAGGAAGCUGCUGAAGUCGACCCUGGUGCUGAUGCCGCUGUUUGGAGUUCAUUACAUGCUGUUCAUGGCUCUACCAUACACUGACGUCACAGGUCUACUGUGGCAGAUUCAGAUGCAUUAUGAGAUGCUCUUCAACUCCUCACAGGGUUUCUUUGUGGCCUUUAUUUACUGCUUCUGCAAUGGGGAGGUGCAGGCAGAGGUGAAGAAGGCAUGGCUGAGGCGCAGUCUUGCGUUAGACCUGAAGCAGAAGGCUCGUGUCAACAGCAGUGCGGGAUGUGGAAGUGGCUACUAUGGAGGCAUGAUGUCACACACCACCACACAGAGCGUGUGUCUCAGUGUCAGUGGUACCAAAGGCCUGCCGCUGGGAGCCAUGGGGGGCAAAGGACAAUCGCGUCUCCACCAUUUAGGAAACCUACCUAGUUACACGCCUCAUGACAUGGAGACUGUGUAUUUUACAGCACAGCAGGAGCUGGUUCUGAGGCAGACUGAUGGGAAAGGGCCUCAGUCCAAGCAGACCGGCAGGAAUGCAGAGGAAAGCGAGCAUGAUUGUGAGCCAUGUUUUGAAGCAGAUGAGGAGCAUUCUGGUCCGGAGACUUGGAAAGAACUGGAAACGGUGCUUUGAUGGUCUUCUGUGUGGAUAGCCUGAUUAGUGGUACUUAAUGUUAUUAGAAACUGUUAAGUAUUAAACGGGUGGUAAAGUAUGAUUUCACUUUUCUAACUUAAGUUAGUGUGUAAUCUUGCUUUUUGAGCAUAAACAACAUUAUCAAUGUUACAACGCUCAAAGUUCAAAGCAAAGGAAGAUAUUUGCUUUUAAAGAAAAGGACUACAACAACGGCUAGUAGGACUACACGACAUUCCUCAAGGGUUAGUGACGUCACCAACCCUAAAAUGUACAUAAGCCCCGCCCCCGGGAACACGCAAUCCAUGUUGAGGAGAGGAAGCGUGGUUGUAUAAGAGUACAUUUGUGAGUCAGCUCAAACUUUAGCAUCCAUAUUUUCACAUGCAAUAGAAAGUCACUCUGUGUGUAUCUCACAACAGUUCCUGUAUGAGCGAUUUAUAGAUUACCAUUACAGAAUAUCCUAAUUGAAGAUAGUUAACUCCACAUCAGCAACAUAAAUUCAUCAACUAACCAUUCAGAGACAUCCUGUUGCAUUCUACAUGUUGUCACUUCUUCGUGAGUCUCUCCAUCUUUGAUUGACUCCGUUUUAACUUUGAAGGGAGAACAGUUUCUGUCAUUUUAGUGUGUCUUUGUGAGGAAAUCGCAGCUGCUAACACACACAAGCUCUUGGAACCCCGCCCUCUGCAGCAGCUCAUUUGCAUUUAAAGGGCCAGGUACAAAACGGUGCGAUUUUGCAAACCUUCAAAAGUGACAACUUUAAUAUUCUAUAUAAAUAUCUGUGGGCAUGGGCGUCAGUUUGGUUUGAAAUGUGCUGGGGACAAAGGCGCAUUCGGAAGGGCAAUUUCAAAAGUGCUGGGUACAAUGACGCAUUCAUUCUUUUUUCUCUUUCGCGAAGGUCAUGUUUUCAAAGACGAUUUCCUGUAGCUUACUGAUGUAAAUAAAAAAGAUGUGAUGUCAGACCAAAAAUGUUAUGGUACUUUGGGUUUAAUUGGUCGUAUAUGAGAUCUAAUAUAUGUUGUUAGUAUGGUGAAUUUUAACGUGAACAAAUACACAGAAUUUUUGGCAGAAUGGCAGAGUGGCAGAAUUUUUGCCAAGUGUGUCGGAGGUUCUGGGUUCUAAUCCGCACUCGUAUAGUUUUUUUCCCCCUCAUCAAAACCGUAUGUAUAUUGAUA